AAGGUUCUUCCUCACUGUGCAGUGUGACCCGGGACUCUGUGACCAUGAAGCCUGAUGUCGGUCUCCUCUUCCUCUUCUUCUUCUUCUUCUCCGUUAAGGUCCGGACGAUUCUCCCUCUGGAUUAUUAUUGUCCAGCAGGUUGCCAGUGCGACUCGGACGUCCGCAGUGCGUCGUGCUUCGGAGCCGAGGUCAUGCCUGUUUUCCACCGCGGCACUCAGGAGGUGUGGCUCGUUGGGACCAGACUUCCUUCAGUGCGUCAGAACGCCUUCGCCAACUUGGACAACGUUUCUCACAUAUACAUCUCUGAUGAUGAUUCUUUAAGAUUUCUGGAGAGACAUUCUUUCCACAACCUGUCGAGGCUCAGCCACAUACAACUAAGUGGCAUCAGAAGACUGUCAUACAUUGACCAAGAGGCGUUUAAGAAUCUGCCUAAUUUGAAGUACCUGGGGAUCAGCAACACGGGCCUCGCGUCCUUCCCUGACCUCCAGUAUAUUCAGUCCAGCCAAGAGGAUUUUAUUCUGGAGAUAGUGGAGAAUGCCUUCAUACAAGUCAUCCCUGCUAAUUCUUUCAGUGGAAUAUCGGAGCACGCUCUGACCAUCCUUCUGCACAGCAACGGUGUGAAAGAAAUCCAGAGUUACGCCUUCAACGGCAGCAGACUGGAGGAAGUGUUUCUUCACAGGAAUGUGGAUUUGGAACAAAUAGAUGAAUUUGCAUUCUACGGAGCGAUUCACGGCCCAACUCACUUAGACCUUUCAGAUACCAAAGUUAGCUCUUUGCCUUCGAGAGGUAUGGAGACCAUUGAAAAGCUCCAGGCUAAAAACACUCGGGCCCUCAAAGUGCUGCCCCCCUUGAGCGCCUUUCUCCACCUGCAGAGUGCUGAGUUGACCUUCCCCAGCCACUGCUGUGGGCUAAAAAUGUUGAAAAGAUGGAGUGGACACGCUGAAGCAGUUAUCUGCAACCUGACCCGCGCCGCUUUGGGAAAGUUCCAGGAAUCUUCUGCAGCUCUCUCUCAGAAGUAUCUGGGACACAAGAUCUACCAACAUCUGGCCGGCGGCCCGACAGCACUCAGUCGCUACUACGACACUCCCACGCGACCCACCGAGCCGUCAGAGACCGAGGGUCUGUUCUACGUGGAGUUACCCACGCAGCGUCUCAGCUACGGUUUUGACUUUGGCCUGUGUAACGAACUCCCCGCAGAGAUUCACGGAGCUUUGUGCACACCACUACCUGACGCCCUGAACCCCUGUGAGGACGUGAUGAGUCGAGGCUUCCUCCGGGUGUUGGUCUGGCUGGUCAGUCUUUUGGCCAUCUCAGCCAACCUGCUGGUGAUGUCCAUCCUGCUCACCAGCCGUCAGAAGCUGUCGGUCACCCGUUUCCUCCUGGGUCAGCUGGCGUUUGCAGACUUCUGUAUGGGGUUGUACCUUCUGCUCAUUGCAUCUGUUGACCUCUACACACACUCUCAUUAUUACCUCUAUGCUAUCGCCUGGCAAACAGGAAGUGGCUGCAAUCUUGCAGGGACGUUAUCGGUGUUUGCCAGUGAGCUGUCCGUGUACACGUUAACUUUGAUCAGCCUUCAGCGCUGGCACGCCAUCUCCUACGCCAUGAGGCCAGACAGGAAGAUGAGGCUACGCCACGCGGCCGCGCUGAUGCUCGCUGGCUGGUUGCUGUGCCUGGUCCUUGCGCUGCUGCCGCUGGUCGGCGUGAGCAGUUACCAGAAGGUGAGCAUCUGCUUGCCCAUGGACACGGAGACGGCUGCUGCUCAGGUGUACGUGGUCUCCGUCCUGAUGGGCAACAUCACAGCUUUCAUGGUGGUCUGCUUGUGUUACCUGCACAUCUACUGCAUGGUGCACAACCCGCAGCACCAGUCCAGCAGGUGUGACACCAGCAUGGCCAAACGCAUGGCUGUUCUCAUCUUCACCAGCUUCCUGUGCCUGGCUCCCAUUUGCUUCUAUGGUUUGUCUGCAGCGUUCCACCAGCCACUGAUGACGGUCACAGACUCCAAGGUGCUGCUGGUGCUUUUCUAUCCUCUCAACUCUUGUGCGCAUCCGUUUCUAUACGUCAUCCUGACAAAAGCCUUUCACCGAGACAUCCUGAUGCUGCUGAACCGGGUGGGGCUUUGCCAGUGGCAAGCGCACCUCUACUAGGUGAAGCGAGACUGUUGGAAUCAAUCUCCACAUAUACAGACGGAUGAUGCAUUCGUCAUAUGUGAAAGAAAAACUCCGGAAGAUGUCCGGACCCAACUUUCUGAACAUUUUAUGGACUUCAUGUCAUGAAAACUUUGUGAUGUGUCGUGUGCUUAGUUUUUGAAAAGCCCCUGUGUCAUCAUCCACUUUCUAGGCCUUCAGUUGUAGGCUCAUAUUUUCAUAUGCAUGAAACAGAAAAACUGUACACUGCUCAUGUAUCGUCCCCGAGCCCCCAGCAGGUUCAUCUGACAACGGAUUUAAGUUCAUGAUGACGUUAACACCGUCUCUGUUCUUUCUUAUUUCAGUGGUCUUGUAUGAAAACAAGUAUUUCAUGGAUAUAUUUUUAUUUUAGUUUUGUAUAUACUUCCUUGUCUUGUUUUUAUAUUGCUGCUGGGGUCUCCGAGAGCUACCAAUCUAAAUUACAUUGUACACUUGAAAGGACAAUAAUGCCUCAUGUCUUAAAACCUUAACACAUUCUAAAUUGUUCAUAUAUAAAAAUAAAACCGAUUUA